AUGGAUGACUGGAAAAACCGGCUUGUAAUCAAGAGCGCGCUUCCCCAUCUCGCCAUGGCGGGAAAUCGCCAGGAGCCCAGAAGGCUCCAGGAAUCGCCACAGGGAACCAUUAAGAGGAGGCAGGAAGGAGAAACUUUCCAGCUUUCAGGCAUGGCCGAAGGAGGUUACCCUAAUAAAAUUAAGAGACCAUGCCUUGAAGAUGUCACCCUUUCAAUGGGCCCCGGCGCCCAUCCCAGCACAGCCUGUGCAGAGCUGCAGGUUCCUGCGUUACCCAUGAACCCUGGUUCUGCAGCGAUGGGAGCAGCUGGCCAUUCAUUACUACUCGAAAAUAACCCCAUGAACGGCAGCGUAAUGGGCUCACCGUUUGUGGUGCCACCAACUGCGGAAAUGGGACUGAAAGGCCCCCCUCUUUCUUACUAUGACAAGACCAACACUGUGCCUGCUGUGGACCAGGAGCUUCAAGAUCUGCUGGAGGAGCUAACAAAAAUUCAAGAACCUUCUCCGAGUGAGCUCGACCUUGAAAAAAUCCUGGGGAGCAAGCCGGAAGAACCGCUGGUCUUAGAUCACCCCCCGGCAACCCUAGGCGUGACUCCCAAGCCUGCGGUUCAGAUGCCACACUUGGAGAGCCUUGGUUCCAGCAAGGACUUCGCUUCGAGUUGCAGCCAGGUCCCUGGGGUGUCGCUUCAAAUCCCGCCCUCCUCUGUGGGGAUCAGCUACGUCAUUCCCUCCACCAGUAAGCAGAUGGUCUCCCCCAGUUCCUCAACAUCACAGGCCAAGAGCCAGGCCCAGGCUCCGCUCCCUGCGGCUGCCUUGCCACCGCUCCCAGUGCCUCAGUGGCAUCACGCCCACCAGCUGAAGGUGCUGGCGGCCAGCAAGCAGGGCUGCAGUACGAAGCAGCAGGGCCCCGCUCCCAGUUGGUCUGGCCUGCCUCUUCCCGGCCUCUCCCCGCCUUACCGCCCGCUGCCCUCGCCACAGCCACUGCAGCCGUUCAGCCCUCAGGGCCUCAUGGUGUCCUGCAUGUCAUCGAGCAGCCUGCCGGCGAGUGCUCUGCAGGGCUCUCCCAAUGCCUUAUUGUCCAGCGUGGCGCCCAGCAGCGGCGCUGCCCUGGGGCCGGCCAUGACCUAUGCCCCCGAGAAGCUCCCCAGCCCCGCGCUCCAGCAGCAGCCGCAGUUCAGCCCGCAGCCCUCCAUCCUUGCCAACCUGGUGUCCUCCACCAUCAAACAGCCUCAAGGGCACCUGAUAUCCACUCUGCCCACCAGCAACCCGGGGUCCUCCACUCCCUACCGCCCAGAGAAGCUGUCCAGCCCCGGCCUGCCGCAGCAGUCCUUCACCCCACAGUGUCCCCUGAUCCGGAGCCUCACUCCCACCAGCAAUCCUCUUGGCCCGCAGCAGCCGCAGCUGCAGCUGCCGCCACCUCCGCCUCCGUCAGCCAGUGCCGUCCUCAAGCCCAUGGCCACCAGCUCACCCAGAACCCUGAGCCUGAUCAUGCAGCAGGGGCUGGCUGCCCCCAGCCCGGGAGCCCCGGAGCCUUUUACUUUCGGCCACACCAAGCCCUUGUCACAUUUCGUCUCUGAGCCGGGCCCCCCGAAGAUGCCCUCGGUGCCCGCCGCGUCUCGGCAGCCUGCCCUGCUCCACUACCUGCAGCAGCCGACGCUGACGCCGGCCUCUUCUGCCACGGCCUCGUCCACGGCCACAGCCAGCUUGCAGCUGCAGCAGCAGCCGGACGCUGCUUCAUUCCUUCUGCAGCACGUGACACAGCAGCCACAGCGUGUUCAGCGGUCGGUGGCCUCGGAUUCCAUGCCUUCUCUGCCCAGACAGGCCUGUUGCCAGCUGUUUUCGUGGACUUCUGCAGCUGGCUUGGGGGAGUGCCAGCUUCAGCACUGGAGCCCUUAUCCUAGCAGGAAAGAUCCUCAGCCUGGAGCCGUGUCACCAUCUAACAUUACUCAUGUAGACAAAGCCUGCAAGCUUGGGGAAGCCAGGCCCCCCCAGGUCAGCCUCGGGCGACAGCCCCCAUCCUGCCAGGCCCUGGGGAGUGAGUCCUUCCUGCCCGGCAGCUCCUUUGCUCAGGAGCUGGCCCGAGUCACCUCCUCGUACAGCACCUCAGAGGCAGCGCCCUGGGGCGGCUGGGAUCCGAAGGCCUGGAGGCAGGUGCCCGCUCCACUACUGCCUAGCUGCGACGCUGUCGGAAGAGAAGCAGAAAUCAGGUCUUAUGGCAAUGAUCCCUGA